UCACAAGUGCAAGUGUCACACAAGUCAAAUCUUGAAUUUUGCAUUUUGCAUUAUAAUGUUUUUGUUCCCAAAAGAAAGAAAAGGUCUUCGACCCAAAACAUGUUGGCCAAAAACACCUCCGUUUCAAACAAGUCUAAUUUUGAUACUACUUGUGGCAGCUCCAUUUCUUAUAGUGAUGAUAAUUCUGUACGCACACUCUCUAACAGCAUGGAAGCAAACAGAAAAAUGUUCUACAUUGUGUAAUUUGCUUCAAAAUUGGAAAGUAAAACGAGAGCUUUCAGAUCCUACUGAUUAUCCCAGUUUCCUUGAAGAGUCAAUCAUGCAUCCUGACUCGGAAAGACGUAAAAGAGAAGCUAUUGCUUAUCUCAGUGUGAAAUAUCUCGCAGAACAACAUCGUAAUGGUAAUGAAGCCAAUUAUCAAAAAAUAGAAGUACAUCCACAAACAUCUCCAGUCAAGAAUUUUGUGAAAACAGAAGGGUUUCCCACGCUAUCAAAUGACAAAAUUAAGAAAUCUGGACAAAAAGAAAAAAACAAGGAGUUAAGCUUAACACUUACAGUAAAAUUACAUUCGACAACACAAGAAAAAGAUAAAAAAGAAACUAUGAGGAAUCAAAAUUACUUUCCAAUAGCAGCUUUACUGGAAAAGAUAUAUUCUGAUGAAAAUGAAGAGCUACUUAAAUGCACAAUCGCAAAACUUUCAUCCAACUGGGCACUAACAACGACUAAUUGUUUUAAAUAUAAGGGCGACAAAUGGGACUUUUUAUCAAUUAGAAGUCACUCGGAUUAUUGGUCAAAGGGUGGUAACAUAAAUAAAAUAGAAAAUGUUUUCUCUUACAAAAACCUAGUGGCACUCAAGUUAAAAUCUGAUCAACCUUCCAUACAUUUUUACAUCUCAAAUAUUGCAAAUGUUUCAAAUAGAGAACAAAUAAUAUUUUAUUGGGAUGUUAAUUUACAACUUCCGUUACAAAAACGACUUAAAUUUGGUAAACUCCAAAUCACACACAUCCCAUUAAAGAAAACACAUGAUGUGCCCAUAUUUGAUUCCGACAAAAAUUUGAUCGGUUUUCAGUGGUCUAAAUUCGCUUACGAAAACGUAAGUGAGUAUCGUUCUUGGUUAAAAAAACUAGGGGCUUUUCCAUAA